AUGUCUUACAUAAAGUUACAAAGCUCUGAUGGCGAAAUAUUCGAGGUUGAUUUAAAAAUAGCAAAGCAUUCGAAUAUGAAGACUAUGUUGGAAGAUUUCGAUUUGAAUGAAGUUGAGGAAAAGAUUAUCAUGUGCACUGUUGCUAAUAUGAUCAAAAGCAAAACACCUGAAGAGAUUCGCAAAACAUUCAAUAUCGAGAACGACUUUACAGCUUCUGAAGAGGAACAACUUAAAAUUGCCAAGAAGAGAUUUGGUUUACAAUAA